UAUAUUGGGAUAUGUCGUAGAUUUUGUCGUUCUUAUUUUUUAGAAUUAAUAUAUAUGCAGAAUAUAUAUAUUCAAUAGCUAUACUGCAAGACUCCUAAACUUUUUCAGUUUGGAAACAACAUCUGAAUUGUAAACUUCCUUGAUUUAACUUCGGACAUAUGGACUUUUUCCAAAUGUUUAAGAUAUACAUAAGUUUUCCAGUGUUUCAUGUUUUUUAUGUGGCAAGUAAUCAGUCCUUAAAGCAACAUGAUAAUCCCUUUCCCAAGUUAUCCACAUGUCUCAAGUAAGCCACGUGCUCAAAGUCGCCUCAUUCUAUGGUACUUUAAAAAGAAGACUUUUAUAUUGUGCUUCUCUAACCACAGAAUUGUCUAAAGCAUGUAAUUAUAUGCAGACUGUAAGAUGUAAAGUGUUUGUACAUUUUUUUAUUUCAAGAAAAAACGUCCUUAUAUUAUUACAUUGAUUGCAAUGUAUACUGUCACAUGAAACAAGAAUGAAGAAAGGACUUGGAGAAAUGGCUAUGCCUCUAUUAGAAGACGGAUUACCUGAAAACAAUAGGUCAACAUCACUACAUAAAAGGGAUAUGGAAACCAAUUCUAGUCCACAACAUGAACAACAAUAUGCUUUUGAUGGAAACGAUUCUCUUAUGAACUCCGUGGAGGAAAUGCCAACUGGUAGAUUUGAGAACAAGAAUUUAAAGCGGAACCUGACUCCAUUGGAAAUUCAAACCUAUGCAGCUUCACCAAUGAAUAAAUACGCUUCGUUAAGAAGUGUUGGUUCAUCUACCAGCGAUGAGCAAACAGGUGGCCUUUUACGCAAUGAAGAUGAGGUAUUAGAUAUAUCGAGUGAAGAUGAUGAAAUAUAUGAGUAUGAAAUCGAAGGAAUUGCAGAUGAGAAAAAUACGUACAGUUAUUCAAAUUUUCUGAAAGCUCACAGUUGCUAUGACAUUGUACCAAAUAGCUCAAAAAUAAUUGUUUUUGAUUCAAAGCUUAAGGUUAAAAAAGCAUUCUUUGCUCUGGUUCAUAACAACCUGCGCUCUGCUCCUGUGUGGAGUUCUCCACGACAAGAGUUUGUUGGUAUGCUGACAAUCACUGAUUUCAUUAAGAUUCUUAUUCGCUAUUACAAAUCGCCAUUGGAAAAAAUGUGGGAACUGGAAGAACAUCAAAUAGAAACAUGGAGAGAGCUUACAAAAAAAGACCUUCAGCCUAUUCUGAUCAGAAUAUCGCCGAAAGAGAGCAUUUUCACUGCUGUUCAGACAUUGGUCAAGAACAGAAUUCAUCGUUUACCAGUGAUUGACCCAAAAACUGGAAAUUCGUUAUACAUCCUGACGCAUAAGAAAAUUUUGAGAUAUAUAUUCAAUCAUAUAGACGAUUUAGCUAUGCCAGAUUUUAUGGGUUCCUCGUUGGAAGAACUGAGAAUAGGUACAUACUCAAAAAUUGCUACGAUACAUCCAUGGACAACUGUAAUCGAAGCUCUGCGUAUUUUUGCUGAUAAAGGUGUGUCUGCACUCCCUAUUGUGGACGAUCAUCAUAAAUGUGUGGAUAUUUACUCGAAGUUUGAUGUGAUUAAUUUAGCAGCAGAACGCACCUAUAAUAAUUUAGACGGUUCCGUCCAAGAUGCUCUUUCUCACCGUCAGGAAGGUUUCGAAGGAGUGCAUAAAUGCCAACCGACAGAAUCGCUGUAUGUUAUCAUCGACAGGAUAGCUAAUGCAAAGGUUCACCGAUUGGUUGUUGUGAACAAAGAGGAUCGUGUGCUAGGUAUCGUUUCGUUGUCCGACAUUCUACGUUUCCUGGUUCUGCAGCCUCCAAAAAUGGAAACAUCUUAAGCAUGACGCACGGCCUGGUAGCAUGGUUAUUGGUGAACAGGACUUACUGCACCCUUCGAUGGAGCUGUAAUAUAUCGAAAUUUGUGUGUACGUUGUGAAUGGCGCUGAAAUAGCGAUUGCUUUAUGUAGUCGUGUUUUCUUUCUUCAAAUAAACUUGACUAAAUGUUUUGUAUAAUUACUUUCAAAUUGUGGUAACUUGUGCUUAAAAAUGACUCCUUCCUGUAAAUUCGUGCGUUUUGGGACUACUGACAAAUCACCGGACCAUCGUGCGGAGAUGAAGCGAUGCAGUUUUCCAUGUUCUUGUCCAGCAGACCUAUCUAGUUGUUUUUUAAAGUAUUAAAAACUUUUGUAAUAAUAAGAAAAUAUAAUAGUGUGAACGCAA